AUGUUCCGCUCGCCGAAGCCCGGGGACUGGGCAGCUGAAGACAAUGAGACGUUGUCUGUAGCCACCGUCCCGCCGUCAACAGACGAUGCAAAGGCAGCAGCAGCGGAAGCGAAAGAUGCAGAAGAAGCGCCAGCAUCUACUCACGCGCCGGUGCAGGACGCUCGAGAUGACGAGCGCGGGAAUACUGGCGGGCGCUUUGAUCGGGACAGAAACGGCAGCGAAGGGUAUUUGCGGCGGAAUACUGGACGCUUUGACCGGGACAGAGGAUCAGAUCGUGAAGAGAGACACUUUGACCGGGACAAAAGACCGGAUCGAGAAGAGAGACACUUUGACGGGGAUAGGGGUUCGAACCGAGAUGGUGGACGCUUUAACCGGGGCAGAGAGAAUACGGGUGGACGUUUUGACCGUGAAAGAAACGGUGGCCGAGACGAGGGACGCUUUGACCGGGACAGAAACGGUGUUCGAGACGGGGGACGCUUUGACCGGGACAGAAACAAUGGUCGAGAAGGAGAACAUAGAGAACAAGGUGAAGGACGUGCUGACGUUGGCAGAUGGGGACGCCACGCUGACCGGCGCGGUGACGUUAGUGGUGGUCGUGAUUUGCCAGUGGAGCAGGGCUUCGUCGUGUCCAUUAAGGAGACGUUUGGUUUUGUGAGCUGCUUGGACAGGGAGGGGGAUCUGUUUUUUCACAUCUCAGAAGCGCCCGUGGACGUACAGCUGCAUGACGAGGUGGAGUUCCGAGUCAAGUACAACCAGCGGUCGGACAAGGAUGUGGCAUGUCAAUUAGUCGCACUACCGAAAGGAACUAUCAAAGUCGAAGUAAUUAAUGACGAAGUGAUUGACGGCAUAGUGACGAAAAGUUUGCCGCGUGGAGGGCGUGGCAACGGUCGGGGGUCUUUCAAUGGUGACCGCCACCAUAACCGUGAAGAGCACGGACUGAUUGAGAUAAAGAUGACAAGAGAUAGCGAGGACACAGAGGAUGUUGGUGCAAAAGAAGAAGCCUCAGCAGACAUCGAACAGAGCAAGUCGGCCGACAAGCAGACACUCGUCAGACGCGAGUUUGUGCGCUUCAACAGUAACAGUGUGGCUAAUACCGGUGUCAAUUGCAGUGAGGAGGACCAAGAGCAAAGCAACCGACCUAACAAGAGCCUUGUUCUGCACUGUGGUGAUGAGGUUCGCUUCCGUGUUGCGAAACACCGCAAGACAGGAGCAAAACGUGCUGUGGAUAUCAAUAUUAUGGUGUCUGCUCGGGACAGGUUUGAGAAAGAGGUUGAAGCCAAGUUGGCAACUAUGACGCGUGAGUCCGGUGUCGUGAAUCGAGUAAAGAAUAGUGGUGGAUUUAUUAAGUGCUGUGACCGUCCCGUAGACGUAUACUUUCAUUUCCGUGACAUUCUUGGCUCGGCGCUGUCUGAAGGAGAUAAGAAGAGUGGUGAACAUGCUGACGGGCAAUCGGGCGAUGAGCCUGAACGUAGCCAAUCUAAACAAGGGUGUUCAGUCCAAGAAGGUGACGAAGUAUCUUUCUUUGUAUAUGAGAACCCGGCGGACGACUCCACCCGCUCCCAGCUUCGUCUGACGGCGGUUCGUGUGCAGAAGCUUCCGCCCGGAACUGUUUCUUUUGAGAACUUGUUGCAGGCUGAUGUUAGGGGUCUUGUGUUAGCGCCCCCAAAAGAAACUCGGAAUGGGUCUGAGGUAAUUGGCAAGAUUGCUAUUAUACCUGUUCAGGCAAGCGCUGCUGAUAAAUCAGACGAGACAGCAGAUACGGCCUAUGAACCCGCGCCUAACAGCGAUGAGGAAACUGCUAUGAGAAAGAAGAGCAAGGAUGAUAAAGAUUCGAGCCGGACAGUGGCAUUUCGGUUGCAUGACAUCGAAGAUGUGAACUAUUUUCCUCGCGUAGAAGACAAGGUGGUAUUUGACGAGGUGCUGGACAAGCGUACGGGCAAGGUGAAGGCCGCGAAGAUUCGCGUAAUACAGCUUAACCCCAAGAACCGUGAGACCGGCACAGUCAACGCGAUGAAGGAAGACUUUGGUUUCAUCAAGUGCGCUGAGAGAUCCGGAGAUGCAUACUUUCGCUUUUCCGAUGUCACGGGCUCGAACCGCAGCUUUGGUAAUGGCACGGAAGUGGCUUUCGAUAUUGAUGUUGAUAACAAGUCGGAUCACAUUCGUGCGACGCGUGUUCAAAUCUUGCCCAGAGGAACUGUAAAAUGGGAAGAUGUAGUCGACGAAAGCCUAGAAGGUACGGUUGUGGCAGUGCCGAGCUCGAAAAGUGGUCAUGCCUCAAAUCGCGGUGGUCACGGAGACAAAACGAAACGGUUGCAAAAGUUCGUGCCAGGCAAGAUCAGCUUUGUGGCUUCCCAGAAGCAGCACGUUAUUGACUUUUUGCCGGAUCUCAAAGAAAAGCUUGAUGCUGCUUUUAUAGCUUCAGAAGACGUUGUUGAGGAAUUACGGAAGGUGGAUGAUGAAGAGAAGAGCUCGGGAAAGGCUGAAGAUAGCACGGAAAUCCGGAUUUUGUUUCCGAGUACUCUGUCCAAGUUUGAACGAGUUGCGUUGCACGAUUACAGUGCCUUCCUUGGGCUCAAGACCAGAAGCAAUGGAGAAGGGUCCCAUAGUCAGCUUGAAAUCUUUGGAACCGGUAAAAUAUCUCUUAAGGCUGUACAAGAAAAGUGCGCGAACUCCGCGCCAGAGCUGACAGUAGUGUUCAAAGAAGAUGAUUUGGUUGACGUUCGAUAUAACCCGAAAGUGGGCGAUCGCGUCAGGUUCAAUCUUGUGAUGGUCAAGCGGACAAAAGAACUUCGAUGCACAUCCGUCGCAUGUUUGGAGGCAGCCGCUAUUAGCAAGACUAAAGUAGCUAGCGUGAAGAGUGACGCAGUUACGGGUGAAGGGUGCAUCAUUUCUGUGAAACCCGAAGGUUUUGGCUUCAUCCAACCUGCUCAAGCAGGGCUCGGGUCGCUGGAAGAUAAUCUGUUUUUCCACAUUAAAGACAUUACGACGGGGCAGACUUUGGCAGACUUGAAGGAAGGUACCGAAGUUCAGUACACAAUUUAUGUUGAUGAGAAAAAAGACAAGAAACGUGCUAUGAGCGUUCGUGUCGUGCCAGAGGGGACCAUCAGGAUUGAGGUGCCUAAACGCGUGAAGGGUAUUGUUACUAAGGCAAGUUUCUUGCAGCGCAUGAAAGGUGGAGGGAAAGGUCGGUUUGCGAAGGCAAGUAACAAAGCAAGUACUAUGGGACGUAUCAUGUUGGUAGCAGCAGAAGAUAGUGCUGAAGACGAUGUUGCUGCUGUUCGUGGUGGUGCAAACGGAGACAGCGAUGAUGCGCUUGAUGAGGACGAAGAGAUAUCGCAGGCGACAAGUAAAGAUACAGGAACGAGUGAGCAAUCUGCUCCUGGAGUGGCGAAAAAGGCGGAAAAGAAGAAGUUUGAUAAGCAGGUUUAUUUGUACAACAUUCGUGAUAUCGAUGAUCCGAGUGUUGUUCUACGUGAGGGUGACGAAAUCGAGUUCAUACCUCAGUUGCAGCAGAAAGCCCCUCGUGCAGCUCACGUGCAGCUUAUCGCCUCUCAUGCAAAGCAAGGUGUUGUCACACACAUCACGGAGGAUCUUGGUGGUGUCAUUUGCUUGGACGGUGAAGAGCCGGCGGUCGAGGCUCGUUUCACUGCUCGAGGAGUACUGUGUGGGGAUACGCUGCGUGAGGGUGAUCGUGUUGAGUUUGCAUAUAGGCCGCCUUCUGCUUCUCUUGCUAAGAAUGAACGUCCAAAGAGCGAUAUAGAAGAGAAGAAAGCAGCGAGAAAUGAUGGAGGAUACAUGAAAGAGAUUGAAGAAGUCAACGAAGAGUCAACAAAGGUAAUUAUGGGUCAGGCUUUGAGCGUUCUCCGCCUCUCCUCGUCACCGGACUCAACUGUUGCAUCCCCGCGACGAGGCUCGCGCAUGGUGAAUUCGACGUUGAAGGAAGCCAUGCGCCAGGUUGGCGCGAACGCGAUGGUGGCAUCUCGUAUGGCAAAGGGGCCCAAUGGAACGCGUGGUUUCGCUGAGACUUGGGACCUUGACCCUGCAGAGGCACUGGAGGUGAUGCUUGAGGAGCCCGUUGUGGAGUCGUCAACCGCCUCAGUUACGGCAGUUGGUACCACGGAGCCAAGUGAGCCAUAA